AUGCGGGAUGCCCAACGAACGGGGCUCUCUAACCUCUCCGUUCCUCGACGAACCUCCAUCUUUCCAACUAUCUCGAGGAGGGUUUCCCGUGCAAUACAGGUGAAGCCCAAACAGGUCACGGAACCGGGGGAACAUCGCACAGCUCACGUGGCUACAAAGCGGAGACCUCGACCACGAUCUCUACUUGUUGUGAUUGAAAGAUUCAAAGGCUGGAUUAUUGCGAGAAAGAUGUGUGCGCCAUUACGACUAGGAUUUUUUUUCGACCCGUGGCAAAACGCUCCACACCACCACGAUACGUGGCAACCAGAGCUAGUUUUGUUCACGAUAAUGGACGUGACCGGAAGUUUUCUGCGGGUUUGGAACUCGCGCGCGCAGUUGUCCAUCGGUGUCCGCCUUAUCCUGAAACAAAGAGUGAGCCAAUCCGAAUUGGCCCCCCAACAAGAAGAUGAGGAGGAGAACGAUGAAGAGCAACAAGGCAAAUUUACCAGCACGCGCAGCAUCCGCAGCACGACCAGCAGCGCCAAGAGGAGCACACUGCCGGAAGGAUGGAUUUCGUGGCUGAUCUUGUUGGCGUACUGCAUUCCGUGGGAAAUUUUGGCGCUGAUUGCUUUACGCGGACAGCACGUGAAUAUCCUCCACAUCUUUGGAAUACUUCGGCUUCUGACAGCCCACAACCGAAUAGGUUCUCAGCUUGCUGCGGCGAUCGGUGGGAUACCUCAGAAAUUGGCCUCGGGAACCGUAGCCAACGUGAUGGUGCUCUUCGUCUAUGGGGUAUACUUUUGCCAUGUUGCUGCGUCCGGGUACAUGUUGAUAGCUCACUGGGAGUGUGGAUUAGAGUUUACGAGUUGCCAACUGACCCCUGAUUCAUCGGGAUGCUGGGUGCUUCGCGAUCGUCUUGAGAAAGGGACGCGUUUCCGGCAGUAUGUUCGCACACUGUACUGGGCUUGCAAGACUGUGGUAACUCUGGGCCAAGGAGAUCUCAUUCCUGUCACGUUAACCGAAACAACGUAUCGGAUCGUGGUUCAGUUUUUUGCUGGUCUUUGGGUCACGGCAAUCCUGACAGCGUACACCUUUUUCUUCACCCACAAGGACGCGAACCUGACCAGCAACAUCAGCACGCGUCUCGACCAAGCGAUUCAUUUCCUGACAGCUCGAAAGGCGCCGGCGCAACUCGCAGCUUCAGUGGACACGUAUUUCCAGUACAUGCAGCGCACCCGCAACGGGGUCGAAGAAGAGCUGAUUUUGGCGGCAUUACCGCCACAUUAUCGCGCACAAUGCUCACACUACGUGCGCUACAAAGCGAUCGCGCCCCUGGCCAUUUUUCGUCGACGGAAAGGAGCCUUCCUGCGUACUGUGAUGGGGGCUUUGAUCCGCGACGUGUAUGCUCCAGGCCAGGCCCUGCUACAGCCUGGAGAAACAGACGAAAUGUUCAUUGUGGCGUGCGGUGAAGUAAAAUUGAUCGACGCCCGCGGCGCGUCCGCGACUUUCUGUGAAGUUUGGUAUCUGCCGUCAAAGUCCUUCAAGGCGGCGCUGGCGAAGCAUUUCUCCAAGCUGGUGUACGCCUCACUACUACUGCAGCAGUUUGGGAUGAAGUCCCUACCGAGUAGCGACGACCGCGGACUAAAUCUUCACAAUGACGAUGAUGAGCGAGUGGACUCGGUCACGUCCAUGAAGGCUCAAGCACGACAGUCGAAGGUCUUGGGUCAUGGAAGUUUGCUGUUGCAAGCCGUCGAAGCACGCAAGUUACGCGCCGCUGCUGCUGCUAUUGCCGCCACUACCACAGCUCCGAACGCGGAUCGGAUCUUAUCAGGAAGCGUGGCGCAGCUCAUUCUCUCCAAGCUGCCGCAGUGGCGGAUGCCCACUUCACGGUUUAGGAGGCGCUGGGCACUUGCAGAGUGCAUCUUGUUGCUGUACCUCCUCGGAGAGGUGCCGUAUCACCUUGCCUUCCAGCGCGGUUUUGGGCUACUAAAUGGCGUUGCGGGACCUGGAGGCGAUGGCACGACCCCAAGAAGCUUUCAGAUCGCUAGUUUCCUCGUGUCUCUUUCUGUGGAGACGUUCUUCUACAUCGACUUAGUGCUGAGGGUGUUCUACUUUGUCCGGGCGUACCCUGGGGCAGAAUUGAAUGAGGAUUUUCUGGGAACCUCAACGCGAGUAGCAGAGCACGACGCAGCUCUCGGGUCGUCAUUAGAUGCACCGAGCCCAGCGCUGGCAACUCGAAGCUCGCAGAUAUUCCACCUCUACCUGCAGCAUGAGAGUCUUAUGCUCGAGUUCUUUGCGCUGGCCCCGGCCGCUUUGAUCUGGGAUAUUCUGCCUAAAGAGCUCUUCAGUAGACGCAACGUCCACGUUUUCAGAUGUCUACGCUUGCUGCGUCUGUUGAGAGUCCGGAAGCUACGUGGGAAGCUCCGCGGGGUUCUGACAGAGCGUGGGUACGGGCCAGCAUUUCGACUGUUAGCGGACGUGGUGAUCUUUUGCAUGGCGACAUCUCACGCUGCUGCUUGUAUCUUCUUCGCGGUAGCAGACCGAACGUCGUUCGAAGGAGGACUGCCGGUGAAGGGCGUGGCGCCCCAGUCGCUAUCGUAUCCAAUGUGUCUCGAGGAUGCCACUCGCUUUGACAACUGCACUUGGUACAUGUACGACCGCAGCACCUUUGACAUGGACGCCCCGUACUUGCGCUCCAUGUUGUGGAGUAUCGUCCUGCUCUCUACGGUUGGGUUUGGAGAUGUCGUGGCCUUCUCAACACGCGAGUGCAUCGUGGACGCGCUUUGGAUCUACUUCGGGGCCAAUAUCUGCUACAUCACAAGCUGCGCAUUGUCGAGCGUCUUGGCGCAGAUCAACGUACUAACCACGAUCCGCCAUGACCGACUUGAGAGCAUCAACGUGCUACUGAUGAGCCCCAUCAUGGCGUCCGUGUCAGAUGCUACAAAACGCACUGUUCGUAGCUACUACGAGGCGAAGUGGAAGCUCAAUGGCAGUGCAGUGGGCGAUCUCGAAGUUCUCGAGCAUCUACCGCGUUCAUUGCGCCGCGCUGUGUCUUCGCAGCUGUACGCGCCAGACUUGCGUCGCUGCGUGCUUUUCGUUGACGAGUGUGGGUUGCGCGCAGCCAACGCCAACGGAGACGCCGCGCUCUUCAUGCAGCAGCUAGCGUUGAUCAUCACGUGCGAGCACUUCCUGCGCAACGUGACGGUGAUCAAAGAGGGUCAUUUGGCCAACGAGUUCUUCGUGAUCCUCAGUGGGGAGGUGGAGUGUCUGCUCCCGCCUGUGCCUCUGGAGUCUCGUGCUGUCCCAACGAAACAUCUUUCAGCAACGCGCAUGACCAGGAAGACGAUCCACCACGCAGCCACAGCAACCAUGAAGCGCACGCGUGACAGCGCUCGGAUGGCCAGAAACUUCACAUCCUCGACGUUGCAGAGCGGGCUGCUCAAAGAAGGAUCGAGCUUGAUGAGGCCCUACAUCCGCCCGCACUUCCAGCCCAUCGAGGAGGAAAUGUUCUCCGGACGCUCUCGGUCUUCGAUGACGUCGCGCUCCUCCAUUACAGCGUCGCGCUCGUCGAUCACAGCGUCGCACCACGUGAUGAAGCCCGUGCUCUCUGAGGCGUCUAGCGAGCGUCUUCCGAAGCUGCUGCGCUACGGCAGCUUAAAGCUCGUCAUGGGAGCGCUGAGGGACCCCACGGUGGCAGAUGCAGCCCCCGUCCCGAUCUCGGUGUUGAAGCAGCACGACUACUUUGGGGAGGAAAGUUUGUCCGAUAUCGCCAAGGUGUACGAGGUGAGUAUCCGCGUGGUGUCAAGUGCUCGGGUGGCUGUGAUCAAGCGCCGAGACUUUCUUGCGCUGACCUCGCGCUUCCCGCACUACGUAGCCCGUCUCCGCGCGCGUAAAGCUGCUCUGCGUGACAAGACUCGGAGUUUGGUGGCGGCACAUCGCGCCAAUUUCCAGGGUGAAAGCAACAAGAAGAUCGUUCGAGUGCUGGGAACCUGCUCGUCGCUUUAUGUCGAUAGCAGCAAGUCCAAGCUGGAGAAACGCGGGGCGCGCGUAUUGGAUCCGACAAAGGCGUUCGCUCGUUGGUGGCAUCGCGGCAUCGGCUUCAUCCUCGUGUACAACUUCUACUUGAUCAUCUUCCGCCUGGCAUUUCUCCCGUACCCGACCGCUACGACCAUGGCGGUGCUUACAGGGAUCGACUACACGCUGGACACCCUGCUCUUCGCCGACGUGUGUCUGAAGUAUGGGCACUUGGGGUUCAUCGAGUUCGGCGAGGUCGUGCUAGACCCCGAGGCGAUUAAGAGUCGGUACCGCGCGAGUGGACUCUUGUGGCAAGACUGUCUGGGUAUGCUGCCGAUUUACUAUCAGGGGGAUACCUUUGUGAUGGCAUUGGCUCGCUUGCCGCGUCUAUUACGCUGUCUGCAGCUUGGCGAGUUGCUUCAGGAGGUGCACACGGAGAUCCAGGAGCGAUUCUUGCGUGGCAACGCCGUGCUCUUGAGCGUCUUCGACCUGGUCAAGUUCUUCCUCAUUUUUGUGUCCACAGCGCACUACAUCGCGAGCUUGUACUACCUGCUAGGGUGGACGCAACUCGAGACGGGGCUGGCCACUACAAGCUGGAUCUCGGUUGACCUGGUGCUCAAGCAGAACCCAGACAGCCCCAUGGUGCACUACAUGCGCUCCAUGUACUGUUCACUGUCGAUUGUUUUGGUGACAUACUCGCGCGGAACUUCCUCGAGUCGUGCUACGAGCUGUUCACGUGUGUGCUCGGGUGGGUGUUCAUCGGCCAGGUGA